CACCAGCGGCAUCAAGCCGACAGCAGCGGCAGUAAUCUCAUUUCUACCGUCGAGAGAGAAAAAAAAAAAAAAUGGAGGAAUUUAUUUACGAAGAUUUCGGCAACUACACUUACGAGGAGGGCCUCGUGCCACACGAGGAGCCCGUGCUUCAGCACAGGUCGACAUGUACGGGGGAUGCCCUGUGCGUGUCUCUGCUGGUGAUCACCGCAGCCAUUUUUCUGCUGGGCUUCUGCGGCAACGCGUUGGUCAUUUGGAUCUCUGGCUUCAAGAUGAAGAAGACGGUCAACACAACGUGGUACCUGAGCCUGGCCAUCUCCGAUUUGAUCUUCUGCGCCUUUUUGCCCUUCUCCAUCACCUACAUGUUCAUGGAGAGGUGGAUCUUCGGACUCUUCUUGUGCAAGUUUUUCUCAUCUGUGUUGUUCCUCAACAUGUUCAGCAGCAUCUUCCUCCUGGUCAUCAUCAGCGUCGACCGCUGCGUGUCCGUCAUCUUUCCCGUGUGGGCCCAGAAUCACCGCACGGUACGGAAGGCUUCGGUUAUUGUUAUCCUGGCCUGGGUUCUCGCCAUAGGGCUCAGCCUUCCCUCUGCAGUCUUCCGUGACAUCCAGAAUCAAAUGGGCAGGACUGUUUGCUACAACAACUACACGUCACACCCACAGAGUCACAAAAUAAUCGUACUGAGCCGCUUCGUGGCAGGCUUCGUAGUGCCUUUCUUCGCCAUCAGCAUUUGCUACUCGGUCAUCAUCCUCAAACUUUGUACCAACAGGAUGACCAAAUCGUCCAAACCUUUCAAAGUCAUGACGGCGCUCAUCGCUACUUUCUUCAUCUGCUGGCUGCCCUACCACGUGUUCAUCCUGCUCGAGCUAAACCACCAACACUACAGCCAUUACAUCUUAAAUGUCGGACUGCAGGUCGGAACUUGCCUGGCGGCGGCCAAUAGUUUCCUCAACCCGGUGCUCUAUGUGUUCAUGGGUAAUGACUUCCAGCAGAGGUGUAAGAGUUCCUUGCUGUCAAAGAUGGAGAACGCCUUGGGAGACGACGGCCGCACCACCAGCCGCUAUCUGUCCAGGUCCAGCUCCGUCGACGGCAGGGUGUCCACGCACAUUUAAAGUUCUCCAUCACAUCGAACAUUUCAUUACGGGGUUUUGCACAACGACACCCUACAGAGGAAGAGCUGCAAGCGAUUUGAACUUCAAUUGUGCGUGCGUGAGCAGCGCCAUCCUAACGUCAACUUCACGCUGUAUUUCAUCGGGGGAUGACCCCGGCAAAGGCCUCCGCACUUCAGGCGUGUGAGAAAUAAAUCCCGAAAACGCAAAUGACUUGCAUUUUUCGCCUCCAAACAAUUCACACUGGCGGCGAUGGCAUUCAUGAGUGUCUGAGCACAUAUUGUGCAUAGUUGCGCAAGCCCAUAAAAAAUUCAUCAUUCCUAAAAAAAAUUUAUAAAAAUAAAAUCAAAAUCUCACAUUCAUGUUCUGUGUGAGUCAGUGUCAAAGACAACAGCAGGGAAUAAUGUGUUUACUUGUGUUUUAAUCACUAAAAAAAAAAAGGUCAGGACAAAAAGAAGUACAUAAAAAUACAUGGGCUGUAAAUGAAUGUAAUAUAUUUUUUGAUUGAAAACAUUUAACCAAUGGAUACCUUUUCUUGUAAAGCAGAACAAAAUGGUGGUUUUUCAGGAGUUCUCAUUAGGGAUGGUGGACUAUAUGUGUUCAUAAUUAGUUGCCACGUGAAUGUUUCCCUCGAUUAUCAUUUUCCUUUGUGAACCAGAAGCUGGUUAACUUUACCACCGAAGCAGAAAGAUAAACAAGGACCGUGCAAUUUGUGCUAAUCUCAGGAUAAUGGACAGGUCUUUGGAGAACGGAAAGGAUGCAAGUAUUGUUUUGUCAUUUCCGUGCUGAUGAAACAUUCUCUCAUCCUUCACCUGCCCCAAAAUACAUCUGUAAUUGUGUUUGUGUGUCAGUGUUUAUUUACUACUUGGUAAAUACAUGUGAUGAAUGAAUGAGUGGAUGGAUUUUUUUUCUUCUUUUCCCGGAGACAGUUCAGUUUGUUCUCUCAUGAAGGCUUCUCCUAAUGACAAUGGGAAAUUAACAUCUUCAUUCAGUCCACUGCCCUGCACGCUGUAAUUGCUUUUGGACAGGGGAUUAUUUUUUGAUGAAUAGAUAUCUUUGAACAAUAAUGUUCAUCAAUCAUGUGACAGUUCAAAUACAACACGCGCCGUUGUUCUAGCCAGUCGGCUACCAGCUUGUUGAAUGGGCCAGUGCUUUUUGUCAUUUUAACAAAUGAGAUUUGUACAAAGUCGUCCUUGCGUGUAUUUUUUUUAAAUUGUAUUUUUUAUUAUUUUUUUUACUUUCACUUUUCAUUUUCUGAAAUGAAGAUUUAAGUCAGGAAAUUAGCUCUUUGGUCCUCUUAUUUCUCAAUAUUAAAGUAAUAUUUAAUGAACAGAAUGUGACUAAGAUAGAUUCAAUAAUUACGGUAAUCUUAUCAGUUAUUUACCGUGUGAAAUUAAAAAUCACUGAUGACAUUUAACGGAUGUCAAUAUCUCAGCUCACCUAACCUGCAGAAAUAUACUACUGAUUACAAUGAUGUAACCUCACCUAAUAGUGUUGUUGAAUAAAAAAAAUAUAUAUAUAUUUGAAAUCUUGA